GGGAAUCCCUACAUGUGCAAUAAUGAAUGUGAUGCGAGUACCCAAGAACUGGCUCAUCCUCCAGAACUGAUGUUCGAUCUUGAAGGAAGACAUCCCUCCACAUUUUGGCAGUCCACAACUUGGAAGGAUUAUCCAAAGCCUCUUCAUGUUAAUAUUACGCUCUCCUGGAACAAAACCAUUGAGCUUACAGAUAACAUAGUUAUCACUUUUGAGUCUGGCCGUCCAGACCAAAUGAUCCUGGAGAAAUCACUUGACUAUGGACGAACAUGGCAGCCCUACCAAUACUAUGCCACAGACUGCUUAGAUGCUUUUCACAUGGAUCCAAAAUCAGUGAGGGAUUUAUCACAGCACACAGUGCUAGAAAUCAUUUGCACAGAGGAAUACUCUACUGGGUACAUGACAAAUAGUAAAAUAAUCCACUUUGAAAUCAAAGAUAGAUUUGCUUUUUUUGCUGGACCUCGGCUCCAUAACAUGGCUUCUCUUUAUGGCCAGCUUGACACAACCAAGAAGCUAAGAGAUUUCUUUACCAUCACGGAUCUGAGGAUAAGACUGCUUAGGCCAGCAACUGGUGAAGUAUAUGUAGAUGAGCAACACCUGGCACGCUACUUUUAUGCAAUUUCAGACAUAAGGGUAUAUGGAAGGUGUAAGUGCAACCUUCAUGCUACUGGCUGUAAAGAAGAAAACAAAAGACUACUUUGUGAAUGUGAGCAUAACACAACUGGCCCAGACUGUGGAAAAUGCAAGAAGAAUUACCAGGGCCGACCAUGGAGCCCUGGUUCUUAUCUGCCUAUACCUAAGGGCACUGCGAAUAUCUGUAUACCCAGUAUUUCCAGUAUUGGUAAUCCUCCAAAGUUUGAUAGGAUAUGGCCGAAUAUUUCUUCCCUUGAGGUUUCUAAACCAAACCAAGUUGCUCCCAAAUUAGCUAUGUCAACUGUUCCUACUGUUCAAGUUGCAAACCACAAGAGAGACUGUGAAUGCUUCGGGCACUCCAACCGGUGCAGUUACAUCGAGCUGCUCAAUACGGUCAUUUGCGUGAGCUGUAAGCACAACACUAGAGGUCAGCACUGUGAGUUAUGCAGGCUGGGCUACUUCAGAAAUGCUUCUGCAGAGCUGGACGAUGAAAAUGUGUGCAUAG